AAGAACUGUUGUUGUCAUUAACAUAAAGAGGAAAACUACGCCAUGACCGUUACCAAGACGCUUCAUGUUUGCACCUGUUUUCCCGCCUGUGCCAUGUCCAUAUGUCAGUCCUGGUGUGGAGCAGCUCGUCUGGUGUCCUGUUGCUCAGCUGUGGCAGUGGCUGGAAACUCUCCAAGUAGGCAGGCAGGAGGCAGGCCAUUACGUAACAUAAUGUGGAGCUAUGUUAUAAAGUUAAAGAGGAAGUUUCGCGGGGAGGAGGCGACACAGUGUUGUAGUCCACAGCAGAGAGAGCAGCAUGGAGCUCCGUGUGAAGCAAACCUUCCUCUGUCUUUCUGUCUUUUUUCUCCAUGUUGCUGCAGACCUGCCCGCACCUGAAGUCCACACAAAGCUCGGCAGCCUGAGAGGUAGUUACGUGAACGUAAAGGGGAAGGAGUCCGGGGUCCAUGCCUUCCUGGGUAUCCCAUUCGCCAAGCCACCCGUGGGCCCUGCUUUGAGACUGACUGCUCCUCAGCCGGUAGAGGGAUGGGAAGGAUUGAGGGACGCCACCCGCCAGCCACCAAUGUGUGUUCAACAUAGACAGUUUACCUUUGAUCUGCUAAAAAAAAUGGAUGGCUUCAUGGUAGAAGUCCCAGACAUUUCAGAAGACUGCCUUUACCUCAACAUUUACACUCCUUCAAACAGAGCUCAUGAUGCCAAGCUCCCAGUCAUGGUCUGGAUCCACGGAGGAGGGUUUGGUAUGGGCUCAGCUUCAUUGUAUGAUGGCUCCGCCCUGGCUGCAUACCAGGAUGUGGUUGUGGUUCUGAUCCAGUACCGCUUAGGAUUUCUAGGCUUUCUGAGCACUGGAGAUGAGCACAUGUCAGGGAACUUUGGCCUACUGGACCAGGUUCAAGCUUUGAGGUGGAUUCAGGAGCACAUUCAUAGCUUUGGGGGAAACCCAGAUUUAGUCACCAUAAUGGGAGAGUCUGCUGGUGGAGUGAGCGUUUCUCUCCAGCUCCUCUCACCGCUGUCCAAAGGCCUACUCCACCGUGGCAUUGCUGAGAGUGGCACUGCUGCAAUGGACGUAAUCCUGACAAAUGAUCCUCUUUCGAUGGCACAGGUGGUAGCAAACAUAUCUGGCUGUAGCAUUGAGAGCACAGAGGAGAUCGCUGAUUGCAUAAGAAACCUCGAUUUGAAUACCUAUGUGAAUCUUACGCAGGAUCCAACAGUGAGAUUUGCCGUCAACAUUGAUGGACACUUCCUCAAAAAACCUGUGGAUGAGCUGUUCAGUAAACAUGAACUCCUCACUGUACCAUUCAUGACUGGAAUUAAUGAUGAUGAAGGGGGCUGGUUACUUCCAACUUUCUUCGUGCCUGCAAACUGGACAGAGGGAAUUAGUCAGGAGGAUGUCAUGAACGUACUUUACAUGUUCUUCCCUGAUCCCAAAGAUGCAACCUUGAGAGAUUUGAUCAUAGAAGAAUAUACUGGAACCGGUGAAGAUCGUGUGAAAAACAGAGACGGCUUCACUGAGUUGCUUGGAGAUAUCAUAUUCAACAUACCAGCCAUAAAGGCUGCUAAUGCUCACAGAGAUGCCGGUGCCCCCACGUACCUGUACCAGUAUCGGCAUUCCCCCAAAUUCCUGCAGGCAAACAGGCCGAGCUUUGUAGGGAGUGACCACGGAGAUGAGAUCUUUACAGUAUUUGGACUGUGCUUCACAACCUCACAUAUCAGAUUAACGGAUGCGUGCGCUGAAGAGGAGGAGCAGUUGAGCAGAACCAUGAUGAGUUACUGGGGCAACUUUGCUCGCACAGGGUCUCCUAAUGGGGACAAUCUUGUCCACUGGCCAAAGUACGGAGUAGAAGAAAAGUACCUGGAAAUUCGUGCAAUGGAGCAGUCAACUGGUCAACACUUGAAGAAGAAGCGGUUUGUCUUCCUGACUCAGACCCUCCCAGAGAAGCGCCAACAAGUGACAGAGAAGGAGCACAGCGAGCUGUAGAACAGUCACGUCCUCUUUGUUGUUGAUUCCAUCUUUAACCACUACCAAGUCAUCCAAAACUGCAUUAGACUUACUGUAAAACCACUGUUCAGCUAAUGUAAUGACACUGAACAAAGUAUUUAGUAUACAAAGCACAUAACGUUGUAUUAAAUUUAGAAAGAUCCUGUUUAAAAUGUGUCUUCAGAGGAUUUUUUAAAAUUCCACAUUUAACCUUUAAAAAUGUGUGUCGUAGCAGGGUAAAACAUGCAGUAGCCACUGUGUACAUUAUGAAUCCAUGGCAGGGAAAUACACACACUACACAGGAUGACACUGUCUGAGCACACAAUGUUUCUAAUAUUUUUUAAUGAUCUCGAUUCAAAUAUAAAAUAAAAGUCUUUGAAGA